UACAAACGGCUGACGGCGCUGGCCAGAGGUAGAUAGAGUCUGGUUUUUAGUAGUGACAGUAUGCAGGCCCUCACUGUGGCACUGGUCCCGCUACUUGUGUUUGUAACUGAGCGGGUCAGCGGCCAGCAAUGUUCCUCCCCUUGUAAGUGCCCUAAGGAUCCACCAAAAUGUACACCCGGAGUGAGGCUAGUCCUGGACAACUGCGGCUGCUGCCGAGUUUGUGCCAAACAAGCAGGCGAAGUGUGCACCCUAAACGAUAUCUGUGAUUCGCACCAGGGAUUGCAGUGCGAGCUCAGCGCCGAUACGCGGCAAGGAGUCGGCAUUUGCAUUGCACAUGAAGGUAAUAUUUGCGUGUAUGAUGGAGUUGUCUAUCGAAAUGGUGAAACAUUCCAGCCGAGUUGCAAAUACCAGUGUUCCUGUAAAGAUGGUCUGAUUGGUUGUGUGCCACGUUGUAAUCUGGAUGUUCUUUUGCCUGGGCCUGAUUGCCCAUUUCCUAAACAAGUACAGAUGCCAGGAGAGUGUUGUGAGCAAUGGGUGUGUGACCACAGACAUGAAGCUCCUAUUAAAGGAUUUGUAUUGGCGGCUAACAGACAGGAGGCGACCUAUGAGUUGGAUUCGCUUAACUGUAUACAGCAGACCACGCAGUGGAGCGCCUGUUCCAAAACCUGUGGCAUGGGCAUUUCUACUCGUGUAACUAAUAAAAACCAACAGUGUGAUAUGAUAAAACAAACACGGAUUUGUGAAGUUCGACCAUGUGGGGAUUAUAAAGUCACUCUGAAAAAAGGGAAAAGAUGUGUCCGAACCCCAAAAGCAGCGAAACCUACAAGAUUUGAAUACGAUGGCUGCGUAAGCGUCCAGUCAUACAAACCUAAAUAUUGUGGAGUUUGCAAUGAUGGAAGAUGCUGCACCCCUCACAGCACCAAAACAUCCCAACUGGAUUUUAAAUGUGCAGGGGGAAUAAUUGUUCAAAAACAGAUGAUGAUCAUCAUCACAUGUUCCUGUCAUUAUAAUUGCCCACAAGACAACACUGUGUUCCGAGCAGACCAAAUAUCUGAUCCCUAAAUAUUUCACUGUUGAGAAACGGGUUACUGCAGCAGUAUUUUUUAUGGUUUUAAGUGGGCUUUAACUACAGUUAACAUGCUUUCAGUUUGCCCUUCAUUUUCAAAAUACUUGAACAUUUUUAUUGAAUUUUGUAUUUAAGCAAUAUUCUUGCUAUUGUGUUGUAAAUAGAAAACAGGCUUGUUGGUAUGAAUCAACAUGAGAAUUGUACCUGUACAGUUGCAUAUUAAAUGGUUGUUAAAAUAUAUUUUUUAUAAAAAUACCACACGUGUGCAGUUGCCAUAUCUAAUCUAGAUCUGAGACUGUUGUAUUGCCUAAAUUCAGCUGAAACAACCAGCUAAGUUGGGAUCUCUGGAAUUGAGACUAUAGUGCACAAAUUGUGACUGGUAUUGUAAGAUACAUCUCCCAAAUCCAAUGUUGUGAAAUUUUCAAUGGGUUGGAUGGUUGUCUGUUUUACUACUGUGUAAAUAUUUAACACCAAUAUGUAAUUUACUAAUUAAAUGCUGUAGGAGUAUACUGUGUACUUCACUCUGGGAUUUGCAGUACCCUAUUUGAGGGCUAGAAAGUAACAUCUGUGAAGAGAUGUGUAAAUCUAGCUAGUGAGCACCUGGACAAACAUGUAUCUUACUCACCAUCAAAUAUUAUCCAGAUAAAAUAUUUGUUUCCUUCAUAUUGAUAAACUAUUGUUUUGAUUUCAGAAUCACUCUUCUGAAAGUUGUUAGUGUCAAACUGUACACAUCAGUGUUGGCAUUCAUAAAUCCCGUCUAGUAGGUGUGGGAAACAUUGUAGUCAUAAUGAGCAACAUUAAUUUUCAGUUUCCUAUAUCAUACUUAGGCAGCUGAAAUAUGCUACAUCCAGAAAGAGACGGUUGUAGCUUUUCUUUGUGUCGUUACACCUGUAUUCGCCACAGUUCCACACAGAUUCUGGCUCUCUAGUUUGACAACUGCAGCUCUGUUAGGAAGUGUUUCAUCAUUUAUUGUUUAUGCUGCAGCAGCUUACCAGCUUGCUUCCCAAUUUUGAAACAAGACGCAAACGAAAGCCAGUGAAAAGUGUCUCAUCAUGCGCUGAAUUUUC